AUGGAAAAAGGAAUUCAAGUUUGUAUUAAAAAGAAGCCAAAUAGUGGCAAGUUAAAUUCACAGUCGCAAACUGAGUGGACUGCUCAAGCUAGGGAAGAUGCUAGUACACAAUGCGGCAGUGAGGGCAAAAGUUAUGAGAAAUAUCGGCAAUAUAAAACAUUUGUUAAGUGGUCAUAUGAUCGUCUUAAAGAUGAAAUCCUGUGCAAUAAAGAUAUAUUGAAUAUAUUGAUUAGGUGGCUUAUGGAUGAAAAAACUAAUAGCGAAUAAAAGAAAAUGCAGCCACUGUAGUCAGAUGAUGAAAUUGGUUAUUGCGAGUGACAGAUCUGACAGGUUGAAAUGGGAAUAUAAGAAGUAAGCUAACAGGAAGCAACAUAAGGUUGAGGUCUCAAUUAGAAAAGAUAGUUGGUUCAAGAAAAGUAAUCUGACGCUUGAAGAGAUUGUAAAGUUAACAUAUUGGUGGUGCAGAGACAUAAGCCAAGAAAAUAUCCGACAUGAGGUUAAUGUGAGUGAACAUACCGCGGUAGAUUGGGAUAGCUUUUGCCAAGAGACUUGCAAAAUGACACUUUUAGAAAGAGAAGAUAAGAUCGGCGGACAAGGAAAGACUGUUCAAAUCGACGAGAGCAACUUUGGGAAGAGAAAAUACCAUAGAGGACAUAAAGUUGAAGGACAAUGGGUAUUCGGAGGAAUCGAAGAAGAAUCCCACAGAAGUUUUAUGGUCGCUGUUGAGAAGCGUGACCAGAAAACCUUAUUACCAUUAAUUCAACACCACAUAGCCAAGGGUAGUACAAUCAUCUCAGACUGUUGGAAAGCAUAUGUGAACCUUGAGAAACACAGGUAUGUGCAUAAGUGUGUCAAUCACUCAAAAGAAUUUGUGAAUGCAGAUGAUGAUCAUACAAACAAGAUCGAAGGUCACUGGCGACAGGCAAAGAUGCCUAAUUUUGGCGUGCAAAAAUCCAUGUUCUCAUCGCACUUAGCUCUUGUGGCGAUACAAAGGAAAGGACUUGUUCGAAACAUUCCUUAUAGAUUGAAACAUUCCUUAUAG